AUGUUUAUCUCUUUAUCAUCAGCGUCAAACACUACAUCCACAAUUGGAAUAUGGUCUUCAGUAUCGGGAUGUACAAUUAAACGAAAUAGAGGUGAUAGUGGAAAUAUACAACAUCAACGAAUAAAUUCAAUUAGUUUAGUAUGUAAUCGUACGGGAAGUUAUAUUUUGGUUAGAAAUAUAACAUUUGGUGUUCAUUCAUUACCCGUAACUUCGAAAAGAGAACAAUGUUUAUUUAAAAAAGGCGAUUGUAUAAUACGAACAACGCAUAUCGGAACAGAAUGUAAUGGAUUACAACAAUGUGAUUUAGAUCUUGAUCCGCAAUAUCUUCAUACAUGCAGCCAAUAUAGCGAUUAUGUUGUAUUAGAUUAUGCCUGUUUGGACGGUCCUAGUAUGUCUAUAUGUGACAAUAAUCAACUAUCAAGUGCAAAUCAUAUCUAUUUAACUAGUCCCAGUUAUCCACAAGAAUAUAAUAAUUCAUUAAACUGUUCCUGUGAUAUUGAAAUUAAUGAGAAUAAGAAAAAAACGGGUUUAACAAUUGGAUUUUUAGAUUUUUUUCUUGAAGAACGUGACGAAUCCGGUUUAUGUACGCGCGAUUCGUUGACUCUUAAUAAUCGUUCACUAUGUGGAAACAUUAACGAUUUAACAACACCAAAUGAUCAAGAUGCAUUCACACCACCAAUGUCACAAAUAUUUGAUACAAUGUAAGUAUCAGUCUUAUCUUCUUAUAUUCUCAUAUUCAUAAAAUUUUUGGCAAAAAACGAGACCUGCAUCUUCAAACAUUUUUACAAGCACAACUUUCCAUAUUUCCAUUUCUUUUUAUUUAAUAAAUUUAAUGAUGCUAGUUAUGAAUUUUAUAUACAUUCCGCCUAGUAAGUCUUCCUUGAAUUGACUUCAGAAAUCAAGUUUUUCCAGGCACUUAAAAAACAUUUUUUGACAGAGCCAUUUUGUAGAGUACAUACAAGUUUAUAUCGCCAACAGAACGAGUAUUCAUAGAGUUACGAAACUCUCUAGUUCAAAAAAUUAGUUACAACAUUAAUAAUGCGUACAUUUUCUUAUCAUUCUGUCAAUACUCGUUUUGUUGGUGAUAUAAACGUAUGUACUCGAUGUGCUCUACAAACUGACAUUGCCAGAAAAUGGUUUUUAAGUGCCUGGAAAAACUUGAUUUCUGAAGUCAAUUCAAGGAAGACUUACUAGGCGGAAUGUAUAUCAAAUUCAUAACUGUUAUCCAUCCCAAAAUACAAGACCCGUGGGCAUUUUUUGAAUAACUUUUGAUAGAAAUGAGAUAGAGACCUGCGAUUUUCGCUAUUCAAUAGCCAAGACUUUUUAGAGCAGAACUUUUCACAAGCGGAAGCAACUUUUGAAAAAUUUCCAGAGAUCGGGUUUUCAGAGAAUCUUUGGAAAACCAGCUCCGUUCUCAGAAAACUAACAUACAAUGUUAGCAAUUUUUUUGCAUGCGUAGAUAGUUCGGACGUUACUCUACAAAAUUAUGCAAGUCGCGACUCUCUAGCUAUCGUCAUUCGAGCAGGGCUC